CAGCAGCAGCAGCAGCACCGGCCAUCACUGCUCCUGCUUCGUUGUACGCUGAUGCUGCGGAGGAAGCCAUUAUUUUACCUCUCCUUUUAUUAAUAUUAAGAAUAAUAAUAAUAAUAACAGCCUCAAGGAAGAGGCCAUGGACACAGCUUCACACGCUUUAGGACGCGUCCCAUUGUUGAAAAUCGAUUACGAGACAACAGUUCUGUGUAAACUCUAGAGAUGGUUGUGCAUGGAAAUCCCAGUAGAUUGGCAGCCUCUGAAAAGGCCAGACCAGCCCAUUUGGCACCAGCAACCCUUUUGUCUGAUGGAAGAAUGAGGAAGAGGAAGACCUGGAACGUGUAGGAGGACGUUGCAAAAGUUCCCGCCGCAAAGUCUCAAUGAAAACAUUAGACGAGACUCUCGUCUAGGAUUCGACUGAAAUGGCCAAGAAAGGGCGUACGAAGGGCGAGAAGCCCGAAGCGCUCAUCUCAGCCCUGCAGGCAGCCAACGAAGAUCUCCGGUCCAAGCUGACUGACAUUCAAAUUGAGCUACACCAGGAAAAAUGCAAGGUGAGCAAGCUGGAGCGCGACAAGGUGCAGGAGGUGAAGCGCGUACGAGAGCAGGAGCAGCACCGUCACACCGCCACGCUAACGGAGCAGCGGGCCAAGUGGCACGAAGAGAAGCAGAAGGAGCUCCAGGCGCUCCGAGAGAACCUGACCCGGCAGCAUGAGCAGGAGCUGGCCCGCCAUGCCAAAAUCAAAGACCAGGAGAACCAGAGGCUCAAAGCCGCGCUGAGCGCCAUGCGCGACGGCAGCGGAGAGAAGGUGCGCACUGCACUCACCCUGGAAGCCAAGGAGGAGGCGCGUCGCUUCUUUGACCAGGAGCGAGUCAAGCUCCUGCAGGAGAUCGUGGAGCUGAAAUCGACAAAGAAGCAGACGGACGAGGCUCUCAGCAACAUGAUCCAGUCCGACAAGAUGAAGGCUGGGGAUCUGCGGGUGGAGCACCAGCAGCACCAGGAGCAGAUCUCCAAAAUCAAGUGGGACUGUGAGAGGGACAUCCGCAGACUGGUGGAUGAAAUCAAAUCAAAAGAUCGCACCAUCUUCUCUCUGGAGAAGGAGCUGGAGUCCACAGCGGGCUUUCUGCAGAAGCUGCAGCUGCAGAAGGACGCGCUCGACGAGCAACUCUUCCUCGUCAAAGAGGCCGAGUGUGGCCUGGGGAGCCCGAAGAGAGAGAUACCGGGCCGAGCCGGAGACGGAGCGGAACACUGCGGCAGCCCGGACCUGAGGAGAAACCAGAGGCGUCUCGCCGAUCUCAACUCGACUAUACGCAAACUGGAGGACCGCAACUCGCUGCUGGUCGACGAGCGGAACGAACUUCUGAAGAGAGUGCGGGAGUCGGAGAAGCAGUGCAAGCCCCUGCUCGACAAGAACAAGCUGCUGAACAAGAGGAACGACGAUCUGACACAGACGAUCCAGAAGCUGGAGGAGAAACUCAAGAGUCUGGCCAAGGAGAACCUGGAGAUGAAGGAGAAGAUCAGCUCCCAUCCGCCGCUGAAGAAGCUCAAGUCUCUCAAUGACCUGGACCAAGCUCACGAUGACCAGGAAAUCGCCUUCCUCAAACUCCAAGUCCUGGAGCAACAAAACAUCAUCGACGAACUGACAAGAGAUCGUGAGAAGCUACUAAGAAAGAAAAGGCAUAAAAGAAGUUCAAGGCCAAUAAAGAGGCACAUUGUCGUCGAUACGUUCUUCGGGUACGACGAAGAGUCCAUGGACUCCGAGACGUCCUCGGUGGCUUCGUUCCGAAUGGACAGAACUCCGGCUACUCCCGAUGAAGACAUGGAAGAGGGUCUAGCUAAUGAAGAGUCCGAGCUCCGCUUCCGUCAACUGACCAGGGAGUACCAAGCCUUACAGCGAGCCUAUGCCCUGCUGCAGGAACAGAAAGGAGGCUUACUGGACGCUGAGAUGGAAGCCAAGGCGCAAGAGCAGCUCCAAGCAGACGUUCUCAGGUAUAAAGCCAAAAUAGAGGACCUGGAGAAAGAACUGACCCUUAAGGGACAGGAUUCCAAAUGGGUGGAGGAGAAGCAGCUUUUCUUACGAAGGAAUCAGGAGCUACUGGAGAAGGUGGAGAAGCUGGACUCCGAGUGCAGUCGGCUGCAGCAGGAGCUGCAAGACUCCAGAGACCAGAAUGAACUGUUAGAGUUCAGGAUCCUGGAGCUGGAGGAGCGUGAGAGGAGAUCCCCUCCUUUUAACCACCUGAGGAUGCAUCCCUUUUCUGAGGGAGUCAGCGCUCUUCAGAUCUACUGUAUGAAGGAGGGCGUGAAGGAUGUGUGCAUACCAGAUCUCAUCAAACUUCUCGAUAUCCUGGGAGACAAUGGGAACUUAAGAAAUGAAGAGCAAGUGGCCAUUAUUCAGGCCAGCACUGUUCUGUCACUCGCAGAAAAGUGGAUUCAGCAGAUUGAGGGCACAGAGGCGGCACUGCACCAGAAGAUGAUGGACCUGGAGAUAGAGAUGGAGAUGUUCUGUAAACAAAAAGGAUAUCUAGAAGAAGAGCUGGACUACAGAAAACAGGCCCUGGACCAGGCCUACAUGCAAAUCCAGGAGUUGGAAGCAACGUUAUACAACGCCCUGCAGCAGGACAAGCUCUCGCUGAGUGUGGGUGCAGCUCAGCUGACUCACGAGCUUAGGACAUCGCCGUCAGAAAGCAAACGUCCUGAAUCCAAAGUGAUAAAAUACGGCGAGCCUCUGGAUGAGCUUCAGAGGGACGAGCUGCGCACGGCAGUGGAGAAGCUCCGGAGGCAGAUGCUGAGGAAGAGUCGAGAGUACGACUGCCAGAUCCUCCAGGAGAGGAUGGAGCUGCUGCACCAGGCGCACCAGAGAAUCCGUGACCUGGAGGACAAGACAGAAAUUCAGAGGAGGCAGAUUAAAGACCUGGAGGAGAAGGUGCUGUGUCGGCUUGGAGAUCUUGUUUGUGUGACCGCAGUGUUAUUUAUUUCCUGGACGAGUGUGGAGCAGUCAGUCAGUGUACGGUGGAUAAAGUGUUGUGUAAUGGCUGUAGAUGUUCACACUCCACAUUCUCUUCUUCUUCUUCUUCUCUUUUUCAAAUGGAGACGGGUCCUCAGGAUGAUUCCCAUGACGAUACACACACAUAUUUUUCGGUUUGGGAGAGCCGUAUCAAAAACACUUAUGCACUCUUACGUACAGUACAGUACAGUUUACGGACAGGCAUGCGGAGAAGCAUGCAGAUGCAAACCACACUUAUACACACACACGCACACACACACACACACACACGCUUUGACAAAUCCAAAACCAAAGCCUGGGAAGAAGUUCUCUCUGCCAUGCAGGGGUAAUAACAUGUCAUCCACCACCACUUUAGCCACAGUGGGAAUAUAAAGAGACAGAUAGAGCAACUCAGACAAAGAGGAAAGAAAAGAGAGGAAACACCAGACCACAGCUUCUCUUCAUCUUCUCAUUCCUUUUCACUUUCGAAGCCGGAGAGGACGAGUCAACUCAGGGCCCUUGAGUGUGUUUGAGAGGAGCAGCGGACUCUGGACUCUCGUGUCUCACUGAUCCCAGGAUGGUGCUGCGUUACACAGACAGACAGACGGGAGGAACGGCAGGUGUGUGUACGGACAACAUUCAGAUUGACACACGGCACAUACCUGAUGAUAAUAAGAGGAAGGAAAAAAAUAACACGGAAUCUCCACAGAAAAACAUACCGAUUGUCAAACUGCGUCUUCAUUUUUACCCAAAGCCGGCAGCUUUACUCUCUGGUCGUCUUUUUCUGGGUUUUGUUAUUUUUUUUUUUACAACUGAAUCCCUACUCUGAACACUGACCUAUAUAUAUGGAUAUAUAUGUAUAUACAUAUAUAUAUAUAUAUAUAUGUAUAUAUAUAUAUACAUAUGUAUAUAUACACAUUUGUGGAUAAUGUACAUGAGUGAAUUAUUUCGUCCACCCCUUUGAUUUCUCUGAAUAGUUUUUUUUAAACUCUGAAGCAGCUUGAGCAGUUUACACACAUGACUUAAUUGCUCAGUAUUAUUGUGGUGACGGCUGCAAAAGAUGGAUUUUAUUUUAACAUUUUAAUGUCAGAAUAUGAAAAUGGAAUAUUUGCCUCAUUUUAUCUCCCUCUAUACAGACUAUAUUCAACACAGA